AUGAUUGCAGACACCUCUUCCAUAGCCGGCUACACCAUCUUGCGGGAAGAGCUCAGCGACGCCGCUCCAGACCUGUCCACGCAGCGCCCAGCACAUCCUCUCGAUCAGCUAUCGAUUGAAGAGAUCCAGAGCGCUGCCAGACUCAUCAAGGAGCAUGCCGGCCCCAAGACGCUGAAAUUCAACUGCCUCACUCUUCGCGAACCCAAGAAGAAUGAGUAUGCAGCCUUCAAGUCAGGCUGCGGCCCCCGCCCGGACCGCCGCGCCUUCGCAAUCGUCAUUGAGCUCGGUUGCUCGCAGGUCUCCGAGGUCGUCGUCAACCUGAAGACCUCGGAAGUCGAGAUCUGGAAGGACGUCACCGACGUUGCUCCCACCCUCACCCUGGAGGACCUCGACAUCUGCGAAACUGUCACCCGGGAGGACCCCCGGGUCAUCGAUGCGUGCCGUGAAAUCGGCAUCCACGACAUGUCCAAGGUCUUCAUCGACGCGUGGGCCAUUGGCUUCGACCACCGCUGGGGCAUCGACCGCCGCCUGCAGCAGGGGAUCGUCUAUUACCGCAACUCCCCCGGCGACAACCAGUACGCCCACCCGCUCGACUUCUCCGUCGUCGUCGACACGGAGAAGGCCGAGGUCCUGUCCGUCGACAUCCGCCUGGUCAACGGCGAGCGCACUAAAGUGCCUCUGGCGGAGCACAACUACAUGCCUGCCUUCAUCGGCAACGACUACCAGCCGGGCAGGCUCAAGCCCAUCGACAUCACCCAGCCCCAGGGCGUUUCGUUCCGCAUGGCCGGCAACGAGAUCUUCUGGGCGGGACUGAAGAUGCACAUCGGCUUCAACUACCGCGAGGGCAUCGUCCUCUCCGAUGUCCGCAUCGACGACCAGGCCGAGGGCCGCGAGCGUAGCCUCUUCAACCGCAUCAGCGUUGUCGAGAUGGUCGUCCCGUACGGGAACCCCGAUCCUCCCCACCACCGCAAGCACGCCUUUGACGUGGGCGAGUACGGCACAGGCCUCAUGACCAACUCUCUCAAGCUGGGCUGCGACUGCAAGGGCGUCAUCCACUACAUCGACGCCGUCAUGGCGGUCAGCUCGGGGGAGGCGGCCGUGCUUAAGAACGCGAUCUGUAUUCACGAGGAGGACAACGGCCUCCUCUACAAGCAUACCGACUACCGCGAUGGCACCGUCAUCUCGGCCCGCGACCGCAAGCUCAUCAUCUCGCAGAUCAUCACGGCCGCCAACUACGAGUACUGCUUCUACCACACGUUCACCCUAGACGGCACCUACAAGCUGGAGAUCAAGCUGACGGGCAUGUUGAACACCUACUGCAUGCACCCCAGCGAGACCGCCGCGCCGUACGGCACGGAGGUCGCGCCCUCCAUCAACGCGCACAACCACCAGCACAUCUUCUCCCUGCGCGUGGACCCGGAGGUCGACGGCCCCAACAACACGGUCGUGCAGAACGACGCCGCCCUGUCCGACGACCCCCUCGGGUCGCCGGGCAACCCGCACGGCAACGGCUUCUACUGCAAGAAGACGCCCCUCCGGACAUCCCUCGAGGGCGCCGCCGACUACUGCCACGAGACGGGCCGGUCGUGGGACAUCACCAACCCCAACAGCGUCAACGCGACCGCCAAGAAGCCCGUGGCGUACAAGAUCCUCAACAGCAGCUGCCCGUCCAUCCUCGCCAAGGAGGGCAGCACGGUGUGGAGGCGGGCCGGGUUCGCGCGCAGGGCGCUGUGGGUCGUGCCCUACAGGGACUACGAGCUGUUCCCGGCGGGCGACUACGUGUGCCAGUCGAGCGGCGGGGACGGCCACCCGUUCAACGGGACGGUCGUGGACUGGGCCGCGCGGGACGAGCCGAUCGAGAACACGGAUGUCGUGUGUUACAUCCAGUUCGGCCUGACGCACUUCCCGCGCACCGAGGACUUCCCCGUCAUGCCGGCCGAGCCGGUCGGCGUCAUGAUCCGGGCGUCCAACUUCUUCAAGAAGAACCCGGCGCUGUGGGUGGUGCCGUCGGUUGUUGAUGCCGAUCAGACCUCGAAGAAUGCAUUUUCUUCCAACGCGGCUGAGCCUGCUGCGUCUUGCUGCGUUAGCAGGGACAGCAAGCUUUAG